AUGGCCCCACCAGGGCGUCGGAGAGCUAAUCUCUCCCCAGCGGCCAUCCUGCUUGGUCUUGUGUUUCUCUUCUCCUCCACCGCCUCCGCUGCGUCUGCUGUUGUCGGAAUCGAUCUCGGAACCGAGUACAUCAAAGCCGCUCUCGUCAAGCCCGGCAUCCCCCUCGAAAUUGUACUCACAAAGGAUGCAAGGCGCAAAGAGACCUCUGCCGUUGCUUUCAAACCCUCCAAGAGCGGGCCGCUUCCUGCUGGCUCUUUUCCCGAGCGUUUCUAUGGCUCCGAUGCCAUCGCCCUCCAGGCCCGCUUUCCGGGCGACGUGUACCCAAAUCUCAAGCAUCUCUUGGGUGUGAAUAGUGACAAUGAUGUGGUCAGCGUGUACAAGGAGCGAUACCCCGCCCUUGAGGUUACGGGCACAGAGGGUCGCAAGACUGUGAGCUUCAAGAGCGGCGUCUUUGCGGCCGAGGAGGAUAAGACUUACUCAGUAGAGGAGCUGCUAGCCAUGGAGCUGAAGAGUGUGCGUGAGAACGCAAAAGCGAUGGCUGGUAAAGGCUACGACGUCCAGGAUGCUGUAUACACGGUCCCGCCUUUCUACACGGUUGAAGAGAGGCGUGCGCUCGAGGUCGCCUCGCGAUUGGCUGGCUUGAAUGUUCUCAGCAUGGUUUCGGAUGGUGUGGCCGUCGGUCUCAACUAUGCCAUGGGCAGGACUUUCCCAGACAUAACAAAGGACGGUAACAAGCCAGAGAUCAACCUGGUCUUCGACAUGGGCGCUGGAUCGACUACGGCAACUCUCCUGAAGUUUCAGGGUCGGUCGGUCAAGGACAUUGGCAAGCGCAACAAGACUAUCCAAGAAGUCCAGGUUCUCGGAGCCGGUUGGGACAGGACCCUGGGAGGCGAUGCGCUCAACACUCUCAUCGUCGACGACAUGGUCUCGCAAUUCGUAGAGCUCCCAGGAGCGAAGAGUGCAUCCAUCACAACCGAGAAGGUCAAGUCCCACGGACGCACCGCUGCAAAACUCUUCAAGGAGGCCGAACGCGUUCGCCAAGUCAUCAGCGCCAACACGGAGACGGCUGCCUUUUUUGAGAGCUUCUACGAGGAUAUAGACUUCCGCUACAAGCUCACGCGCUCCAAGCUCGAGGAACUUUCUGCUGCGUACGCGUCCCGCAUUGAGGCACCAGCCAUCCAGGCUUUGGAAGCCGCUGGCCUCGAGUUCAAGGAUGUCGACUCUAUCAUUGUGCACGGAGGUGCGACUCGCACACCCUUCAUUCAGAGCCGGCUAGAGGCUCUUGCUGGUAAAGGCAAGAUCAGAGCCAAUGUGAACGCCGACGAGGCAGCUGUUUUUGGCGCCGCCUUCAAGGCUGCUAGUCUGAGCCCUUCAUUCCGCGUCAAGGAGCUACGGGACUCGGACACUCAAGGCUAUAACCAUGGCAUCCAGUACUCUUUUAACCUCAAGGAGCGCGAUCAGAAGAUUUUCACACCCAACACUAAGUUGGGUGCCACCAAAGACCUACCUUUCCAGAUGAUGGGUGAGUUUGAGUUCACCCUCUACGAAGCUGUUCCUGGAGCAAAGGGCGAUGUAUCAAAGCAACCUACUCUGCACUUUCAGAGUGGAAACCUAACCAAGGUCGUCACCAAGAUGAUUAAUGAAGAAAAGUGUGACCGUGACAGCUUCAACAACUAUGUCAAGGUCAGGCUGAGUCCCAUCACUGGGACCCCAGAGGUUCUUUCUGCUUGGGUCACUUGCGAAGCCGAGACUGAAGGAACCAAGGGCGGUAUUGUCGAUGGUGUCAAGAACCUGUUCGGCAUGGGUGGCAAGAAAGACCAGGACCCAUUGAAGGAGAGCGAGGAGUCAAGCUCUUCCGCUUCUGCUUCAGCCUCAUCCACUUCGUCUUCAGCCUCCUCCUCCUCCUCCUCCUCCUCCAAGUCAGCGAAGGGUGCGAAGAGUACCGAUGCAGCAAAGGCUGAGGAAAAGCAAGUCAAGCUCGUCCGAUCCGCCAUCACCUUCGAAAUUACUCAACUAGGUUAUGAGAAGCACCCUCGUAAAGAACUCAAGCGCAUGCAGGACAGACUUGCUGCUUUUGAUGCCUCUGACAAGGCUCGUCGUGUUCAGGAAGAGGUUCUGAACUCUUUGGAAGCUUUUACUUAUCGUGCUCGUGACUACCUCGAGGACGAAGACUUUAUUGCCGCAUCUACCGCGGCCGUACGUACGUCACUGGAGAGCGCUCUUAGCACUACCUCGGACUGGAUCUACUCUGAGGGUGCAGAGGCCAGUGAGAAGGUACUCAGGGCCAAGUUGAAGGAACUCGAGGACAUUGUCAACCCUGUAUUGAGGCGCAAAGACGAGGCAGCCAAGCGCCCUGAUGCUAUCAAAGAACUCAAGGAUACUAUUGCUCACCUUAAGGAGGUUGAAAAUCUAGUCAGCGAUCAAAUCAAGACGCAAUCGGUGGAAAGCUCGAAGAGUAGUGAAGCGGUGUCAAGAGCUUCUGCUUCUCCUUCUCCUUCGCCUUCGGCGGAUCCCAUGGCCGAACUUGACGAGGAAGCUGCAACGACAUCUGCACCUGCUGAGCCAGAAAUCACCGAGGUACCCACCAUCUACACUGAAGACGAUCUGGAGACUGUUCAGAAAUCUGCCAGCAAAGCCCAAGAAUGGCUUGACGAGGCGGAAGUGAAGCAAAGCAAGCUUGGUCUGACAGACGACCCAGCUGUUACCGUCAAGGAGAUUCUAGCAGAGAAGAAGAAGCUAGACGACAUGGUCAUGGAGCUCAUGAUGAAGAAGAUGCGAGCCUUCAAGCCGCCCGUGCAAAAACCCAAGCCCAAGCCCAAAGCCAAGCCCGCAAAGAAAAAGGCUGACAAAAAGGACAAAAAGGACAAAAAGGCCAAACCGAGCGAGGACAAGCCGGCCGAGGGCGAUGAGCAGCCCACGGCCGAAGAGCUCGAGGCCGCCCUCAAGCAGGCGGGCAUCAACACGGAGGGCAUCAAGCUCAAGAAUGUGGGCAACCAGGAUGAUGAGGUCGAGGAUGAGGCGGGCAGGAAACUGAAGAAGUUGAACAUCAACCCAGACUCCACAGAGGAGGAAAUCUUGGCGGCUAUGGAUGACUUGAUCAAGGAUAAGGAUGACAAGAAGCACGAUGAGUUGUAA